UAUCUUGUUUUCCACCAUGGCUUUUAAUACGAUGCAGUUGAGCUCUGAAGAGCUCAUAGAUGCCUUGAUGCAUAGGAUACAGAAAAACACCCCUAAGUGGGAUAUCGCAAAGAUUGAUGCCCUGGAGAACCGUCUUCAGAUGGCGAUGGCUGUUGUGAGAGGUGCACGUAAUUCACAUCAGCCUAUCAACCGUAUCCCACCAGAACUACUCGCAGCAAUCUUCAGUAUGACACAAUACCAUCCUCCUGGAUUCCUUCCCCUAGUCGGUCCAGGCACUGACUACACCAAAGGAUGUCAUUGGUUGAGCCUUCUCGAGGUCUGCCGUCAUUGGCGCGGUGUAGGCACCGCCUUUCAUUCCCUCUGGGCAAUCAUUGAUAAUGGUCUUUUUCCCCUCACAUUUCUGAAACGUUCAUCCGAAUCAUUGCUUACCAUCAUUGUCGGUUUGACGAAGAUAAAAUUUGACCAACAAUAUUUAGCAAAGAUAAUCGGAGAGCUACCUCGCAUCCGCGAGUUUCAUGUCGAUUUUUGCCACAGCGACUCUCUUCUCGAGUCCAGCGUCUUCCUCUCAAAAAACGCUGCACCAAACCUUGUCAGCCUUUCUCUGCUGCCAAAUCGUCGGCGGCAUGUGGCUCUCGGAGUCUCUUCUACCCUUUCGAAACUCUUUAUGGGGGACAUGCCGAAACUUAAGCAGCUCUGCCUCGGAUUCUUCACCUCAUGGCCACCAGAUUAUUUCAAGAACCUGACGCACCUUUGCUUGCAUAACCAGGACACACUUACGCGCCCUUCAACAUCUGAAUUCCUUGACUUUUUGGAGUCAUCGCCACUUCUGGAGAAGCUUGCACUGAUUGACGCUGGACCAACACGUUACAUCCCCGAUGACCUACCCCUAGUACCUGCCGACCGUAUUAUAGUUCUCAAUCACCUCAUCGAGAUCAACGUGAAGACAAGCAGCGGUAUCGCUUCUAUCACAAGAUUGCUGUCGCACCUCACCUUACCUGAACAGACAAACAUGUUCCUCUGGGGUCAACCCUUAGUCCCACGGCCAGAAGAAGUCUCCUCCCUCUUCCCUUCAGACAUCUUUCGCCUCCAAAACGUUCAAAACAUCCAGGAGUAUCGCUUGAUAGAGCAAGGGAGCGAGGGAUGGUCCUCCCCUGAUAUUGUCGCUAUUGUAAACGGUGUCCUCUUUAUCCGCGGAAACUCGGCAUUAACAGAGCUUGCCACCCUACUACCCCUCCGAUUCCCUCAGAAUAACAUUAAAAGACUGCUCUUCAAUGCUAGCUCUUCCUCCCACUUUGACACUAUCUCUCGGAUGUGGAGGGUUGCAUUCGAACAUAUGCCUUCUCUUGAGGUUAUCACCAUUCGCUCAUGUGACAUGCACAAAACCAAGGUCAUCUUGGAGGGUCUUUAUCCUCGCGGUACCGACAAAUCAUUCCCAUGUCCCCUUCUCACAUCUCUACGGAUAGAGAAAUACAUGUCGGACAUAUCGACAUUUCUCGCCUUCUUCAUGGCGAUUCUGGCGGAGGAACGUCGGGGAAUUGAAUCUGUCGAGAUUGUCUCUCUAAACAAAUCUCCCGCUAAGCGCUGGGUGGACGUCUGGAGUGUACCGGACUCAUCUUAUUCUGACAGUGAUUUUGAGGAAGAUGGAUGUGAGGAUGAUCAGGACGAAGUCGAGGGGACCACGUCGCAGUCAGAUGGUGUAGAUGCCUUGAAAAGACGUGUUAGGAACGUGAAGCAGAUGAAGAGAGCGAACUCGUAUAGGCAUUGGACCCCAAAGGAAUGGCCCACACAAGCUUAUUUGUGGCAGAAGGAAUGUGAAAUGAGAAUAUCCUCUAGCCACCGAGUCUAGCGUUGAUUGGUAUCUUGCACUGAUAUAUUUGCUUCUGGCUGUUGGUGAUUCGCGCUCAGGCCUUUCCGUUUGAUUAAUGUGGCAUGUACUUUUUUCUCAUCCCCGACUCCUCAGUUUGCUACAGGAUUCCAAUGUCUAUCAUGAUGCGGAUAUAUACUUGUUC